AUGAGUAAUAGUGUGAAUGCAUUGCAUAACACAUACAAUGAGUGGGCGUUUGGUCUGAAACUAAUGUCACAAAAACGAAAGCAAUACUACUAUAGAGUUAUACUGUUGUCCACAACUGGUCUCACGACUGGUCUGUACUUCACAUACAAUACACUAUUCAUCAAUCAAUACAAAUCUGUUGUCCACUCAUAUAAAUCCGGUCAAUUGUCACAACUCGACAAAGACCUCGAGUUAUUCGCCGCAAACGUGUGGACAGAGUGUCAACAAUCUGUGGACAAGAGUCCGGAAUCGUUGCAAUUCUUCCCGUCUGUCGGAUGCGAUCCGCUAACUAUCGGCACAUUAGGUCUGCCGUCCGGUGCUGUGAUUGGUUUGCCAUUUCCGCUGAACUACCGCACCGUCGAUGACGUGAAGACCGUUGACCUGCGUUUCAAAGGCGAACACAACCCGUAUAUGAAGUGGCGAUCGGCGGCCGGAAAGGCGUUCAUCGAGUCAUUAGUGUUGAGCGAAAGGGCGAAG